AUGCCAUUUAAGCAACCAGCUUCGAAUUCUAUGUCGCUAAGUUCGCAGUCAAAUGCACGAGCAUACGCCGCUACCGCUGCCGUACAACAGUGUGCAGUGUGUAGCUCGGGAUAUUAUAUCGCGUCGUGCCCGAAAUACCUCGAGAAGACUGUGAAUCAACGAUGCGAGGUGGUCAUCGCAAAAAAUCUGUGUUUUAAUUGUCUUGGACCUCAUCACCUCAAGGCAUGUCGCACUUCGAAACGCUGUCGGUUCUGUCGCAAGCAACAUCACUCAACGUUGCAUGUAGCUACGGUCGAAUCCGACGUCUCGACGUCGUCCACUACGACGGCAGUCCCCGUCCCGUCGGCUAGCGGCCCUACCACGGACAACUCUGGAGCAUCUCAAACCAACCAACAAUUCGGCGCUUCUAACACGUGCAGUCAUAUUGCACAAUCACGCAUAAUUAAAUGCACUCCAGUGCUCCUUGCUACCGCUUUAGUUAUGGCUAUCUCUCGAGCUGGAAAACGAUUCCAGCAAAGGGCAUUGCUCGAUCAAGGAUCGGAAGCUUCGUUUAUUUCCGAGUCCGCUGCGCAGCAGCUUCUAAAAUUGUCACGUAAACCCGCGUCCGUCCCGAUUCUCGGAAUCGGCGCACAACGCUCCGGUGUCUCAAACGGACGGGUCUCUCUCGAAAUUAUCUCGCGGAUCAAUUCGGCAUUCUCUAUCAAACUGGAAGCUCUCGUACUGACGAAGCUCACCGCCUACUUGCCACCCACGAAAAUUGCGAUCACCCACUGGCCACACAUCGACGGACUCCGCCUUGCGGACCCGAAUAUCUCAAUGCCAGGAAAAAUUGAUUUAGUUCUCGGUGCAAGUGUCUACGCGCAAAUUCUCGAAAGUGGCAUUCGCCGCGGAAACGGCGAAUCGCCGAUCGCGCAAAAGACCGCUCUCGGAUGGAUAUUAUCCGGACAACUCUCCAACGAUAACGAUCAUCUCUCGCAAGACGCAAUCAACGGAUUUCAGUGUUCUCUCGAUUGUGAACUUCUCGAUCUACUCCAACGGUUUUGGCAACAAGAAGAAAUGCCGUCGCCUAAUGCUACAUGCACACCGGAAGAAGCUCAGUGUGAACUUCACUUCAAAACGACUCACUCUCGUGACGCUCAUGGGUGGUUCGUAGUUCGGUUGCCGUUCCGACAAAGUGUGAGUGAUUUCGGUGACUCUCGUGCUCCAGCGUUCAGGAUGCUGCGUCGCAUGGAAACACGCUUCGAAACACACGCAUCCCUCAAAACUGCAUAUGUGGAAUUCUUGCGUGAGUAUUUUGAGCUGGAUCAUAUGCGCCUUUCAGGCUCUCUAGACUCUUCGCGACGCGAAUUCUUUCUGCCGCAUUACGGUGUCAUUAAAGACUCUAGCUCAACGACGAAACUCCGCGUCGUGUUCAACGGAUCACAAAAAACCAAUCUCGGAAUCUCGUUAAAUGAUUGUCUUCAUAUCGGACCGAAACUUCAAACGGAACUUACGGAUAUCAUUAUUCGUUGGCGUCGACAUCGUUUCGUGUUCGCAGCCGAUAUCGAAAAAAUGUAUCGCCAAAUCCGCGUUCAUCAAGACGAUUGGCCGGUGCAAAAAAUUCUCUGGCGAGACUCGCCCAGCGAGAAUCCGCGCGAAUAUUUGUUGUGUACAGUGACAUACGGUCUCGCGUGCGCGCCAUAUCUCGCUCUUCGUUGCUUACAGCAACUCGCUCUCGAAUUCGAAACCACGCGCGCCUUUGCUGCAGAAAUCAUUCGUUGCGACACAUAUGUUGACGAUAUUCUGUCAGGGGCAGAUACAGUAGCUACCGCAAAAGAAAAAAUUCAGCAACUUCAAGACACGCUCACGGCGGGCGGCUUUAAUUUAAAAAAGUGGGUUGCAAAUUCUCCGGAUCUGCUCGCAAACAUCUCAGUUCACGAUCAAGAAGUGUCCGCGAUCCUAUCGGUCGGUGAUCCAGCUACGCAUUACGCGCUCGGCGUUCAGUGGAAUCGACUGAGUGACAGUUUCAUGUUCUCCGCGCCGUCGCCUCCGCGGACAUUCGCAAUCACGAAACGCUCAGUACUCUCGUUUAUCGCGCGCAUCUUUGAUCCGCUCGGAUGGCUCGCGCCGAUCAUUAUCAGUGCAAAAAUCUUUAUGCAAGAACUGUGGGCUAUUCGUCUUGAUUGGGAUUGCGAACUUCCGGACGACCUCAAAUCUCACUGGAUCGACUUUCUCGCGCAAUUUAAAAACUUGUCGGUGAUCUCCAUUCCGCGCUGGUUCGGUACGAGUUCAGAUACCCUCGAAGUGCAACUUCACGGAUUUUCGGACGCCUCUCAACACGCCCUCGCGGCGGUUGUUUAUAUUCGUGUUGUUUCGCCUAGUGACAUUCGCGUGACUCUCGUCAGUGCAAAGACAAAAGUGACUCCUCUCAGACGUGUAACAAUACCUCGACUCGAGUAA